GAUCUUUUCUCUUGGCAGCCACCUAUGACUGGCGGCUCUCGUAGAGUAUGAGCAUGGAAUAUCAAUAUGACUUCUCGGAAUGGUUACAUUCUCCAAUGUAACGGGAAAGCUCAGCACCCCGUUGACCUGAAUGGGCCUGGCUCCCUUUCCAGUCAAUGCUUCCAUCAACCCAUCCAUCCAAGUAUUCCGAGUUGCUAUAUGAGAGCGAGGCUUCCCUCUCUUUGCCAGACCAUCUCUCUUGGUUGUAUUCCACAAGAGCUUUUCUUCCAUCAUCUUGUUGUUUUCCCUCUCUUCUCUUGUUAUCACUCCUCAGUCCCUCGGGAGUCAAAGCCAUUCGCUUCUUUGCUCCAUCCCCUCUCUUAAUCUUAUUAUUCGUGUUCACCUUGACAGGUUAUCACCACCAUUCGUUGAUUGAAUCACGUAUCACACUGCCUGUACCAGGUUAACAACAAGAACUCGGACUCGAAUACACUCAGGAAGACUUUUCCCUUUUGCCGAAAUCAUAUCUCUUUUUCUCAGACUUAGAAAGUCGUCACCAUGAAGUAUUCUGCUUCUCUCCUGGCUUUCGCUGCCAGCGCGGCCGCCACUUUCCCCUGGCACAACGCCCCGCCAUUCACUUGCCCUCAGAACACCGACAACAAGUGUACCGAGCAGCAAAAGACUGGCUUUGUUUUCGAUGAUCUCUCCCUUGGCCCCUUCUCUCAGUACAUGGACUUCAACUUCAACGGCUGGGUCGCGGGUUCUGGCUUUGGUGGUCGCUUUGGAAAGCGUACCUUUGGGGGUAUCAGCGGUGUCUGUGGCUCUGACCACAGCAAGGCCCCUUCGUUCAGUGCGGGCGGCGAGUUCUCGCUGGGCUCUAUCCACAUUACGCCCGAGUUCGACUGCGAUCUGGAGUUCCACUACGGUAUGCCCGAUGGAUCUACUUGCAAGCACCGUAACCGGUGCUCAAAGGAUGGCACCAACGUCGUGAACAAGCAGUGCGGUGGUGCUACCAACGUGACCAUCGUCUACCCUCCUCAGCCCGAGAAGCCCAAGCCUAGCUGCAGUGUCAUCGUCAGCACCAUCUCUUUCGACUGCAGCACCAAGCAGAGCACCGUCCCUCCCAAGACCAAGACUACCAAGGCCGCCUUUACCACCUCUGCUGCUGCCACCGUCAGCGUCCCCACCGUCCCCGCCGAGAUUACCAGCACUUCUGCUGCUCCCGUCGCUUCUUCCAGCGCUCCUGCUGAGAGCGUUCCUGGAAGCCAGACAAGCACUGCUCCCGCCGAGAUCACCGGCGCUCCUAGCGUCCCUGUUGAGUCCAGCCCUGCCAAGCCCAGUGAGAGCGCCCCCAUCAGCGAGGUUGUGUCUGCUCCUCCCGUCACCCACACCAUCGUCACCAGCUUCGACAGCACCUCCACCGUCUUCAUCACUGAGAUUCAGACCAUCACCAGCUGCGCUCCUACUGUGACCAACUGCCCUGCCAACCACUUCACCACCACUGUGGUCACCAUUGCCACCUCCACCACCGUCAGCGCUGUCACCGAGACUCGCACCACUGUGGUCUCGGCCAUCUCUUCUGCUGCCCCUGUCGCCAGCUCUGAGGGUCCCGGUGAGAUUGUCAUCUCCACCUCCAUCGGUGAUAUCAUCUCUGCUCCAGCCGGCUCCACCUCUUCCGCCGCUGCUGUUAAGUCGUCUGCUGUCGCCUCUUCCGCUGUCGUCUCUUCCGCCGUUGAGAUCAGCACCGGUGUCGUUGUCCCCACCUCUGCCGGUAGCGUCGCUAGCUCUUCUGCUGCCGCCGUCGACACCACUUCCAGCGCUGCUCCUGUCUCUACCACCCCGGUCAAGCCCCUUCCUUGCCCUGGUGUCGUCCCCUCGUGCUUGAACACCUUCCUGUUCGAGACUGGCUGCACUGACAACUCCGACGCUGCCUGCUUCUGCCCCAACGCCCUCUUCGUCAAGAACGUCUAUGAGUGCAUCUACGCCCACGGCGAGUCUAACUCCAUCAUCUCUGAUGCCAUCACCUUCUUCCAGGGUAUCUGCGCUCCCUACGUCAACACCAACCCUGGCAUCGCUACCGGCGUUCCCACCUAUGUCACCACUACUGCUGCCCCUACCUCUGUUGUUCCCGUUCUCACCACCAUCACUGUCAACCUUACCACUGUUGUUCCCUGCACCAACGAGGCCGGCUCGACCAUUGCCAGCUCCAGCACCACCGUCAUCGUCGACACUACCAUGACCGUGCCCCAGAUUCACUUCACGAGCACUACUGAUGAUGUUGCCAUUGUCCCUGCUCCUACCGGCGUCCCUCUCGUCACCGAGACCGAGGCGGUCCCUGUCGUUUCCGCUACCGCCACCGAGACUACUGAGACUGGUGCCGUUGGCGUCAGCACCAGCGCCGCUGCUCCCGUCAACAGCGCCCCUGCCGUCACCAGCGCCCCCUCUGUUCCCAUCGGCACUGCCGUCGGCACUGGCGGUUUUGUUCGUCCCACUUCGAGCGUCAUCAGCCCUCCUAUUGUCGUUGCCGGAAGCGGCCGUGUCAGCGCUGGUCUCGGCCUUGCCGUUGCUGUCUUCCUCGGCGCUCUUGCUCUCUAAGCUCUCUUAGGCUUAAGUCUACCUAGGCUUGGAAUGAAAAGAAAAGCGUGUAUGAUACGAACAAUGUAAAAAACGAAAGACAGGACAAAGGUAUCAUUUCUUACGAUCCUUUACGAAGAAGAAGAAGAAAAAGAAGAGCAUUAAUCACAUAUAUGUAUGCAUUUUGCCAUCGGGGGCGUGUUGGAACGGGCGAGUGGAUUUACAACCACUGGUCUCUACUUGGGCAUAUCAGCCGGAUUUCAUUUGUUUGGUCGCGUGUUUGGAAAGAGCAAAGGGCUUGUGUCUUUUUUGGAUUUUGGUGGAUUUUGGUGAUGAAGACAUAAAGUGUCGUACAUAAGCAUAUCCGUGGUGGAUAUAAUCUGUCAUUCCACCCGGCAUCACCCAUUGUAAAAUAAUAGUUAAUAAAAAUCAUAUGGCUAGGCCAUUUCGGAUUU